AUGGCCAAAAAUCUCAAGAGGAAGGUCGCAGGACCAUCAUCACAACGAGAGAAGUCGCCUAGGAUUGAGGAAGAUGAUGCUAUGGACCAGGACCAGGACAGCGUUAUGGACGAUAGUGAGGUAGAGGGAAGUGACGAGCCCAGUGAUGCGGAAAUGCAUGGAUUGGAUGUAGGAGAAGAGGAAGAAGAGUGGAAGGGAAUUGGAUCGACCAUGGACACGCUACCUGAUACACAUCCUACCGGCAAGAAAUCGCACAAACCGCCGACGGGAGAAGAGCUGAGGGCCAUCAGAGAUGCUAGCGACUUAUUCAAGUCGGGUUCUUUCAAAUUGCAAGUGGAUGCUCUGCUACCUAAUGUUCGACCGAAAGCGUCAAGAGUGCCUCCUCUCGAACGAUUCCUCUUCCAAUUACACACUUUCAUCAAAGAUAUACCCUCGGUUUCACCCGCGCAUCCGCUAGAAGCAGCCAGAAAACUCAUGAAAAAGGGCGUUGCCGUCCCAUACUCGUUACCACUACCAACGGAAGAUACCAACUGGAAAGUCGCAUACGAGCCCCCGACCGAAAUCACAUUAGUUGGGAGCUGGGGGAACAAAAUCAGCGUGAAGGCGAAGGACGGACAACCAUUCGGAGUUGAUUUGGCUUUGGAAAUGCCGAAUACCCUGUUCCAAGAAAAGGAUUAUUUGAAUGGUCGUUAUUUCCAUAAAAGAUCGUUCUAUCUCGCCAAUAUCGCAGCUGCGAUCCAAAAGUCGAAAACACUCAAUGUGGACGUUUCUUAUGAAUCACUACAAGGUGAUCCACGUCUCACGAAGCUUGUUUUGACACCAAAAAAAGACGAUUCGGCCACCGAUUUCACCAAAUUAAACGCCAAAAUCUGCAUCCUACCUGUGCUAUCACAAACCUCACCCAUCCCCCUCCACCGACUUUCGCCUUCGCACUCAAAUAUUCGCGUCAGCGCCGCGAGCGAGACGGCUCACGACGACACUACACACCCCACGCACCUUCCCACCCCGUUGUACAACACUGCCCUUCUACAAACUCUCCUGCCCAAAUACCAGCUUAUUGUGGUGCAUGCGCUACAAAAUGAAGUCCCAGCCUUCUCCGACGCGCUGACGCUUCUCCGGGUGUGGGCCAACCAGCGUGGGUACAGUGAGGGGACGAAAAUGUGCAUCCAGGGGUUCGAGGGUGCAGGGCCUUGGUGGUGGUCUCUUCUUGCAUUGCUGUUGAAUGGGGAAGAGGCGCGCCCGAACGCGCCCAAGUCUAGCCGGAGACGGUCGGUUGGAAAGGGUCUCAGUUCGUACCAGCUUUUCAAAGCCGCUUUGGAAUUUUUAGCCAAACAUGAUUUUGAGAAAGAUUCGGUGUUUGUGAAGGCUGCUGAGGGCCAUAAGUUCCCACCUGAGGAAUACAAGGAGCAUACAGGCGCUGUUUUCGUCGAUUCGUUAUCCUUGACAAAUGUUUUGGCUAGAGUGCCGCUUGGAUCUCUGGAGCUGCUACGUUAUGAUGCCACGAAAGCACUCGAAGCGCUCAACCAAACCACAUUUUCCGGAGACCCAUUCAACGGAGUCUUUUUGAAGGACUGUAGAGAUCUUUCAACGCGUUUCGAUGUCAUCCUUCGUGUUGAUCUCACAUCCGCGAAACCUCGAAACACCUCCGUCCACUCGACACUCGACAUCGGAUCCCCUGCUAACGCGCUUCUGUCGUCAAUAAGCACCAUCGUCCGACAAGGUCUCGGCGACCGCUCGCGUGCCGUGGCCCUCCUUCACCCUUCGUCUCUCUCCCGCUCCGUGUCCCAGGCGCAUCCUUCAAGUCCCGACACGAUCUUCAUCGGCAUCAUCCAUAACCCCGAACACGCAUUCCGCCUCGUCGACCACGGCCCAGCAGCCGACGCCAACGACCAAACGGCGCUCGAAACGUUCCGCGCGUUCUGGGGCAGCAAAUCGGAGCUGCGCCGAUUCAAAGACGGGCGCAUUGCGGAGAGCGUGGUGUGGGAUGUUAAAACUGCCGACGAGAAGGCGCAUGUGCCUGCUAUGAUUGUGAGGCAUUUGCUCGGUUGGCAUUUUGGGUUGGGGGAGAAAGAGGUGGGGACGUGGGAUAUGGCGUAUGAUGCGCUUAUACGGUUGCCGCCUGUGGUUGCGGGUGAGAUUGUGGCGGCGAAAGUGCAGACUGGGGUGAAAGGCGCGAUGAUGGCGUUCGACGCGCUCGUGAAGGAGAUCAAGAAGCUCGACGAUGAGCUCCCGCUGGCGUUGCUUAAUGUCAGCCCUAUUGCGGAGGCGUUGAGGUAUACGAGCGUGUUCAGCCCCGUGGCGAUGCCACCUUCACUUGCCCAGCGGCUCCCGCCGACCGCGCGCUAUGCGCCGCCUAUUGAGGUUGUGCUGGAGUUUGAAAAGUCCGCGAGGUGGCCGGACGAUGUUCGCGCGGUGCAGGUGGUCAAGAUGGCGUUUAUGGAGCGGUUGGGGUCUGCGCUGAUGGAGUCGGUUCAGGGGAUGCAGGCAAGGGUUAUCACUGGGCACCCGACGGACUCGGAGCUUGUCGACCGUGCGGUUCUGGAGCUUAUCACACCCGAAGGAUGGGCGUUCCAUGCGCGGAUAUGGUAUGAUCGCGAAGUGAACUUGCUCGAUAACAUCAUCGGCGGGAGAGCAGCUCUCCAGCCACACAUCAAGACAAAGGACAAGGAGAAAGAGAGGAAGGGCCCGGAUUAUCACGCCGCGCUCAAAGCGAAGGAGGUGUACACGCGCCUCUUCGUCCACGCGCCGCGGCACCAUCGGGCCAUCGCGGCGCUCGCGCAUCGGUACGGUGCGUUUGCGGGGACGGUGCGCCUUGCGAAGCGGUGGCUUGCGGCGCAUUGGGUGUUGGGUGCGCAUGUGGGCGAGGAGGUUGUGGAGGUUAUUUGUGCGUCGUUGUUUGUGGGUGCUGGUGCUGGGAGUGGUGGUGUGGGUGUGGGUGGUGUGGGUACGGGUGUGGGUGAGGGUGUGGAGCAGACGGUGCGACAUCUUGUUCCUGGUAGCAAAGAGCGCGGGUUUGCGCUUUUCGUGCAGUUUUUGAAGGAGUGGAAGUGGGAGGAGGGGUUGUUCGUGCCGCUUUACGGGGGCAGCAACGUCCCCGCUGCUACUACUACUGCGGCGGCGGCGGCAACGAGCAAAGCGUCGACGGCGAGUGUGGCGGGCCCGAAUAAGAGCGUGUGGAAAGUAUCGACGGAGCACGAUCCGUCAGGACACGUGUGGACGUACAAAGGCCCCGACCUCGUCGUUGCGCACCGUGUACGGGCUUUAGCGAGUGCGACGUAUGCUUACCUAGGCACGCUCGAGUCCGGCCAGCUGGAUAUCCGUGGUAUGUUCAUACACCCAACGGACGACUACGAUUUCGUGCUGUGUCUUGAUCCGGGUGUGAUACCGCGCUAUGUGCAUAAUGUUGGUGUGGAUGUGGAAGUGUUGUUGGGACGCGGUGGAAAGUAUGCGAAUAGGACGAGGGAGGAGGAGGAGGAGAGUGUGCGGGUGAUGCCUGGGUUUGAUCCUGCGCGGAUGUACUUUGAUGAUCUUCAGCGGAUUUACAUGGACACGUGUAAAUUGUUCUAUGACCCGCUUGGUGGGACACAGAUUGGUGGUGUGUGGGAUCCGACGGUGAGAGAGCCGCGUGCGUUUAGAGUUUUGGGCGGGUUCUCUUGUGCUCCUGUUAAAAGGGCGAGUACGGAGGACGCGUCGAAGUCUAAAUCGAAGGAAAAGGAUAAAAAUCUCGUCGUGCUUAACCAGGACUCGGUCCUUGCUGAGAUGGAAAGGAUGGGCACGGGGAUGGUGAAGAAGAUUGUGGUUGUGAAGUAG